AUGCUCGGAACCAAAGUUAAUCAACAAAAAUGCAUUUAUGCAUCCCAUUAUUCAUUACAGAUUCAACAACCGUCUGCCGAGAAUGGAAUGAAUAAAAAUUUCGAUGUGCAAUAUAUUUCUGAAGUAGAAGAACGGUUAGGUGUGGUUGUGAGAUUGUAUGCAAUGGUGGAAUGUCCCGUGGGGAAAAUUAAAGCAGAAAUGUUAAUCGAGCAAAUUCGGGCUGAAAUUUUGCCAUUUGAUCGGACAUUCGGAUAUCAUCCUAUCAACGAUAUUGGAAAUAAUGCUCAGUUGGCCAGUCAUCUCGGUACGGUAUUAAGCACAAUUGGACGACAAUGCUCUCAAAUAUGCAGAGGACGCAGGCAGGAAAUGCCAAAUAUUGGUAUUGUUGUAAUACGCGACAACAUUGUUCACUGCUGCAUUUUGGGCGAUAUGGUCUUUUCUUUGCUACGAAAAAAUCCUGAUUCGUAUGCCAGCAGAGUUGGAUCUCAACAGUACACACUUCUCAGCAAUUACAAUGCACCAUCGACAAUGAUGCAACCAUCAGACUUACGAUUUUUUGUAUUUACCAAGGAAUCAAUUCGAUUACUGUUAAAAGUAGUUCCAUCGCUAGAUUUAUUCUCAAAAAGCCAUGACGAAAUAACGUGGUUGCUGCAUUUGUGGCAGAUGGAGAUGUACACAAAGAACCCAUAUGAAGUGCCUGGAGCUGGAUUCAUACUCGUUGAUAAAUUAUCAAAACUGAUUGACGAUAACAAUUUUUCCUUGGGACCGAAUUUUGCUGAAAAAUUUUUGAAGGUGGGAGAGUUGCAAGCAUAUAAGAUAAAAAAGCAACGAAGGCAAAAGAUGAUGGAAAAGAAAUUGGAACAAUUGAACAUAUUCAAAAGAUCAAAAAUUUUAAUAAGUCAGUAUAGCGCCUAUUUGGAAACGCAGUUAAAACAGAUUCAAGAAACGGACAUCAGAAUAAGGAAACUUAUCAAUGAAUUAAUUGAUGACGAACGGGAUGAAAUGUUUGGUUAUAUGAAGCGCGAAGAAGAGAUUUCCAAUUUAGAAAGAGAAUGUGGGCAACAUCAAAGGUCGUUGAAAGAAAAAUUAUCCGCCUUAAGACGAUGUCAAAAAAAACAAUUGGAUGAAUUGCGAUUCUUCUUGCUUAUGCCCCUAAAAUAUAAAGAUGUUGUAAAAUGUGAAAUGCUUAUAAAUAUCGAAAAACUUCAACAGAGAUCACAAAUUGUGUCGUCCGGAAGACGCGUAAUUUUUUUGGAGCAGGCAUAUUAUGACUGUUACCGAUUAAGCCGUAUUACAAUGUACCAGAGCAAAAUUGAGCAAGAUUUGGAAAGCAUGAAGAAACAAAUGGAAGAAACAAUUAGGGAUGCUUGUAAAACGCAGUGGAAAUUAAGUGCUAUUAAGUCACAGAUUGAACAGAACAAACGAUGGGCUAGAACAGCACAGGAGACUAGACCAGCAUGGAGGGUUGGAUCAGCACGGGGGAAAUCAGAAUGGAGAAAUGGAUCAGUGCGGGGGAGAUCAGAAUGGCGGACUGGAUCAAUGCAGGAAAGAUCAGCUUGGAGAAUUGGAUCAGCACGAGGGAUUGGCUCAGCGAGGGGGUUUGGCUUUGCGAAGGGGGUUGGCUUAGCACGGGGGAUUGGUUCAGCACGGGGGAUUGGCUCAGCUGGGAGGGUUGGCUCAGCAAGAGGGAUUGGCUUAGCACGAGGAUUUAGAUCAGUAUACCGUAGUAGACCAACAUCGUUUCAAAACUAUGGGAGAGGAGAUGGCAGCGUGCAACAGAAUUUUCAUGCAGCAACAAAUGGACGCUCAUUCUAUGGCCGUGGAUUUCAAAAGCAGCGCUGGCGCCGUCAUGCAAACAACAUGGUGUUCUGA